UCCAAGCGUCAGAGGCAGCACCGCCACCGCACCAUACAAUCGCCUAAGCCGAAUUUGAGGGUGGUCUUGUUCGGUCAUCAGCUUCGAUCCAGAGGUGUGAGGUGCAGGUGCACAAGGGAAGGGAAGGGGAGAGGAUGCCAAAGCGUCGGCGCGUCCGCCGGAGCUCCAAGCGUCGCCGGCGUCACCUUUAUCUCGCCAUGAACGACGGGGUAGAUGGAUUCGCUAUCAUCAGGUUUGAUUUGUCGGCCGAUUCUGAUCAGGACGAUGACCACACGGCUGUGCGGAGCGCGCCGCCUGCUCUGGUCCGCUUUGAGGCUUCGAUACGCCGGUUCUUCGCGGCUAUCGGCACCAAGAUCAUGGCCAUGCAUUCUGACCACAAGCCCCACGUCGUCCCUGUCUUUGAUGUCCGCACCCGGCGCGUUACCCUGCUCGGUGCCUGGUGUGAAGAGUCGUUCCCUUGUGAACCCGUAUACAUGGCCGUCGGAGACAAGCUCCUUGUCCUGGACAAGUACUGCGCGGGGAUGCUUUAUCCACCUUGUGAGGGAAUGGAUUGGGCUUGGUUAAAUCUUCCUAAUGAUUUCUUCUUGCUCCAGGGCAUCACCUCCUACGCCCUGCACCCUGACGGGCAGACUGUUUUUGUCAGCGUGAAGACGGCCACUUUCUCCCUCGAUACCGAGUCCGACCAUCCAGAGUGGAGGUUUCAUGGCGACUGGGAGCUUCCUUUCACUCGACGUGGUCACUUCGACCCCGGUCUGGACGCUUGGGUUGGGCUCUCUAGCGACCCCGACACGCUCGGCUACAUUUGCUCAUGUGAUGUUGUGUCCACUGAAGAUCCCGACGCCUCCAGGAACAGCCAACCCCCAGCGUGGAAGCUCAGUAAGGAGAAGCUCUUCUGUGUUAACCCGGCUGAACAUCACAUUGGAGCAAACCUUGUGUACAUGGGAAGAGACAGAGGCUUCUGCCUCGUGCAGUACUUCCAUGUUGAAGACCUUGACAUGGACGAUGUGAGCAGCAGCUCUGACUCUGAUUGCGAACUGGAGCAGUUUCAUCACUUUAGGCUUCGACUAACGACCUUCUCUCUCAAGUAUGAUGACAAAGGAGGCCUGUGUACUGAAACGCCCUGCCGGGUUAGGUGCUACCAGCUGCCUAGAGCAUCAAAGAUCCUUUGCUUUCGUAAUCCUCCAGCAUUCUGGAUGUGAUAAAAGCCAUGCGCAUAUUUUGUGCAUCAAAGAUUGGUAUAAUCUAGCUAGUGAUAGCAUCUUAAUUGGAUGUAAAGCCAUUAGCAUAUUGUAAGAGUACUCGAUGAUUACAAAUGUGGUGCCCUGUGACUCGUGAUUUAUGCAUU